AACGAUUAUCCUAGAAAAUAUUUAUUAUUCAUUUUUAGAGAAUUUGUGGAGAGUGAAUAAUUCGAAUUUGAAUUUAGUCGAAAUUUGAAAAUUCUCCGCGUCUCCCUGUAGAAAGGGCUAGCAAAAUUCAAAUUAUUAUCGUUUUCUUGGAGGUUAGACAUUAAUCAUUGCUCAACUGGCGUUUAUUUUCCAAUCAAGAGCAAAAUAAUUAUCAAACCGGAUGGACACAACAUGGCAUUACAGAUCACAUUCAAAAAUUGGUAGUUUAGUUUGUCUGCGUUCUUUGAUUACAAAGCCAUCUGAAAUCAAUGUUACCAAGGAAAGAAUCCGUCCAACUUGGUUGCAUCUUAUCACUAUAUUUUUCUCUAAAAGAAUGCUCUACGCUGCAGCACAGUACACUUUAGCAGCGGGUGUAAUGUUUCAGUACCAUACAUAUUUGGGAUUCCACUUGCUCCUUUUUGCAGCUUGCAUGAAUUACGUCUAACUAUGUAAAAUUUCAGUCUUGCAGGCGAGAUUUUAAUUUAUUUAAUUUUACAAUUCAAUCUUUGUUUCGUUUCAUUGAGAGUAUUUUUUUAACUGUAACAUUUCAAUUGUUCUCUAUUUAAAAUGUUGCUGAACUCCCUCAGAAUUUGCAAUGUUCCUCGAAUGGCCUUCAAACUUAGAAUAUCCUUUCGAUCCAAUCGAGAAUAUCAGUAUUUAACUCGUCGUACUCACACUGUAAAGCCUAUUAAUUUAUAUACAAAAAUCAAAGAUUGUGCAAUAGUCCAUCAUUCAAAAUUUCACACUACACGAAAACUCGAUAUCCCGCCUGCUCUUGCCUUUCUCGUUCGCCCUCUGGUUAACGUCGCAGCCUUUCUCUUUGGACGUUAUUUCAAAAGAUGGUGGGCCAGACUGACUCCGACUCAGAAAGAAAUGUACAAAAAAUGGUUUGCUUCAAAGAAAGGUGUUUUUCUAGGCAUUCUUGGAGCAUUUUUCUCAGGAGUGGGCCUGUAUUAUGUCUCGCAUCUUGAAACUGAUCCAUUGACAAAUCGUCGUCGUCUCAUAAUUCUCAAUGACAAGCAACAGGCAGCUCUUGCCGACAUAACUUAUCAAAUGAACUUGGAAAAUGUCAAGGACAAAAUCGUCUCUCACAGGCAUCCAGGAUUCAAGAGGAUCAUGGCAGUCGCUGAAAAAUUAUUAAAUGCUAACAACGACUUACCGUUCGUAGCUGAUGAAAGUUGGACUUUACAUGUUCUCGAUGUAGAAGGAGAAAACGCAUAUGUUUUGCCUGGUGGACACAUAUUCGUUUAUUUAGACUUUUUGAAAUUAAUGGAAAACGAUGAUCAAAUUGCUAUAAUAUUGGCACACGAAAUUGCUCAUGUUCUUCUCAAGCAUGCGAUCGAGAAAGUUUCGUACGGAAUAAUUUUAGAUAUUUUGUUAAUUAUACCACUGGCUGCGCUGUGGGCAAUGUUUCCUGACCUUCUAGCCUUUUUUCUACAAAGUUUAGCCAAAUCCUUGCUCGAGGUUUUCCUGCAUUUGCCCUAUAGUAGAGCUGUGGAGAAAGAAGCUGACGAAGUCGGGCUUGCUUUAGCCGCCAAGGCUUGUUUCGACGUUAGAGAAGCCGUCGUUUUCUGGGCAAUGAUGAAAAGUCUAGAAGAAAUGAGUGGCAAGCUUAAAGAGCUUCCCAUCGUCUCAACCCACCCGAAUCAUGCAGAACGUGAAAAGUUGUUGAACUCUAAAAUGUCGAAAGCUCUAGAGUUACGAAUGCUGGCAGGGAAAUUCGUGUUUCACCAUUUUCGGGCUGCGGGGGUGAAAUUUACCAUGAUAAAAAUACUGCUGCUGCUUCUUCUCCCGAGUUUAUCAUCCACUUACAAUUUGGACGUAAGUCAUCCCACGGUGCAUCAACCGACUGCUAACUCUCGAUCCGGAAAUUCGUACUUUGGAUACAACGUUAUUCUUCAUGCGAAAAGUCAUACAGCAAUAAAUGGAUCAACAAUUCGGGAAUCGUGGGUUAUCGUGGGAGCUCCAAAAGCGAAUUAUACGAGGCAACCAGAUCAUGGAAACGAAAUAUCCAACGAACCAGGCAUGGUUUAUCGUUGUCUCCUAAAAGGUUCUUGUUUUCCUAUCAAUGUCACUAAUCCUGACGACGAAGUUGGAUUCAUCGAGCAAGUGCAGCUAAACACUUUGAUCGAUAAAGACCACGGUUGGUUUGGGGCUGCUAUUUCGUCCCAUGACGACAGUGAUUCUUUGACCGUAUGUGCCCCCCGGACUAUUGUGAAAAUUUACAACACUUUUGCAAUUGUAUACCAAAAUACAAUGCACGGGGUGUGUUACAACGGAGGAUUGACAUCCGGAAGCUUGCAAAUUGAAGAUAAAAAUUUCACGACUUUCGAAUUUUCUUCAUCUUUUUGGUACAAUCCUCUAAAUGGGUUUUCUGUGCAUUAUCCAUCGCAGACAAAGUCGCAAUCUCGUCCGAUUCGCCCGAUAAUUGGAUCACCGAAGCACGAGCUGUACGGAUCCGUGCGUGAAAUGGGUCAACAUAAACCUACGGAGUUACCGGUCAGCGAUGAUCUCGCACAAUUCGGGUAUGCUCUGACCUCGGGCCAUUUUUUCAACCCGGACCAGAUUAUGGUUGCUGCUAGUGCACCUGGCUGGCAAUACGUUGGACAGGUAGCAGUUAUGGAUCCACGAACAGAACCGAUGGCAAUUGUAGUGUUGAUCGAAGGCAGUGUCACCGGGGAAUUCUUUGGCGCGAGUCUUGCUUCCGGAGAUUUGAAUAAAGACGGUCUGGACGAUUUGAUUGUCGGCUGUCCUCACUGGAAAAAUGACAACGGCAGGGUUCUCAUUUAUUUUGGUCACAAAGGGGGGUUCUUCGAACCUGAUGUCGUCUUGGAGGGAAAAGUGGUCGACGGACUCUUCGGAUACUCCGUAACUUCCGGUGAUCUUGAUGGUGAUGGAUACGAUGAAAUUAUCGUUGGAGCUCCUUGGGAAGAAUCGGGUGUAAUUUACGUCUACAACGGUGAAGCAAAGCUUCAGGAAUUUAACAUGCUCGAAGCUUCGCAGAAAAUUGUUGCUACCAGCGACGAAUUUCAGCGAUUUGGAUUUUCUCUCUCAAGGCCAGUUGACAUGGAUGGCAAUGGCUUUUCAGACCUCGGUGUGGGUGCCUACGCUUCUGGCCAUGCAAUUGUCCUUUAUUCGAGACCAGUUUUGAAAACCGAACUCACUCUGACGACGUAUCCAUUAACUUUGCCUAGAAAUUCAACGAGUUUUAUCGUCGAAGUUUGUGUCAGCAAUUACAUAAAUAAUAAACCAUCCAUGUGGCCUUUCGAAUGUGAGGCAACGGUAGACGAAGAUUUUAAACGUGUUGUCUACAAGUCGAGCAAUAAAAUGGUUCUGACGUGGAAGAAACCUCCGCAUGGCAAAGCAUGUGACAAUACAACGUUUUAUUUAUCGACGGGCAGUCGUAACUUCAUCGACGUUAUUGAAAUCGUUGUAAUUCAUCGACUUCUGAACAGUUCUUACGUUUCUCAAUUGCACGUCGAAAAAUGUGAACUUUGUCCCAUCGAGUAUAAAGGCUCUCACUCGACCGUGGCCCGCACGAAGCUUCCUUUCGACAUUGGCUGUGGAAUGGACGACAUUUGUCAGUCUUUUCUAUUCGCUAAACUUUCGUUGGCGAACGUCAAUGAUUCCACUUGGAUCAUUGGUUCGGAUGAUCUCAGUUUGGAACUUGUCAUCGGAAAUCACGCUGAACCGGCUUAUUUGGCGACUGUCAAAUUUUACAUUCCAAAAGGAAUUACACUGCGAAGUAUUUUGCCUUCGUGCCAAGAAGAUACUGACGGAGAAACUUUGCUUGUGAUUUGUGACAUUGGGAAUCCGUUAGGAGCAUUGAUGCAGAAAAAAGUGAGCCUCGAUCUGGACAUGAAUCGCAUGCACAACGGCUCAACCGACGGAACCAAGCUCGAUUUUCGAGUGGACAUAAGCACUCGAAGUGUAAAUCGAGGAAUCGUGUCAAUUGCAACUCCUUUGCUUCUCAAAGCUAACGUUUCUGUGGCUCUAACAGGAAAAGCCCAUGACAAUUAUUACUUCAAUCAUCAGAAUGAAAAACCAUCGAACGUGACGUUUCAACACACGUACCAAGUUUCUCGUUACGGUGCAACCCCAAUCUUCGAGGCACGAAUUUCCGUUCGGGUGCCUUAUAAAAUUGGAGACUUGGAAUUUCUGACAAUCACAAACAAGCCACGAGUGGCCGUUUUGGGACGUUUCCACGAAUGUUCGGUGGAGGCCGUAUCAAUUUCGCCGCCUCAAGUACCCAUGGACAAAACAAAUACCAAUAAAUUUGAGGAAAUGCUUCAAUUGAAUACUUUCGCAAAUCAUACAAGAAAUCGACGAGCAUUGAAAAAUGUCCCGACUUUGAACACGAAUGCAAUGAUGCCUCUUGUGCCCCUCGAUUUGAAGGGACCGACUAGCUCUGAAAAUAAUAUUCGUUCGGACUUCUACACAAUAUCGGACCGUUCGAACGCUGCUGAAGUUUAUUUGAACUGUUCAACUCCGAAUGUCAAAUGCGGACGAAUCGUUUGCAACUUGGCUCACUUGAAAUCAUCGCACGAUGUUGGAAAAUUGCAGCUGAAAUUUCUCAUAGACAAUUCCAAAUUCACAGACGAGGCAGAAGAGAAUGGAAAAUUCAUUUACUUUUCGACUGAAGCCAUGCUGGAAGUUCUGAGUCCCACGAUGCAGUUCGACGUUCCCGGCACUGGGAUUGUUGUGCCCGUAACAACGACUUUCCACCGUGCCCAAGGUGUGAAAAACGUGAGCAUCUGGAUAAUCCUCGGAUCAGUAUUGUUGGGACUUCUGACGCUGCUCGUGUUGGUGAUAAUUCUCAAUAGAAUAGGAUUUUUCAAAAGGAAACGAAAAGAAGAGUUGGACGAAUUGAAGAGCAGCGAUGACAUUCCCCUGGCGACCGAACUACUUUCGUGCAAUGAAUAAAACAACCGAUUCGUCACAUUU